AAGUUAUUCACUUUUAACAACUCGCAAACAACAGGACGAUAUGUUUCCAGAAUCGGAGUGCGGAAUCUGCUACCGAGCUUACAACCUCGGCCGUCGGUGUCCUCGACAGCUGAGCUGCAAACACACGUUUUGCGAAAGCUGCUUGGUGACCAUCGGCCGGUCUGCGGAGACACACGAGCCUCGGAUAGUGUGUCCACUGUGCCGACGCUCAACGGAGAUGCCGGAGGCGAGAAUCAAAGACAACCUGCCGGUAGACGAGGACGUUUUUGAGCGGCUUGUAACUGCGGGAAGCUCGGAGGAAUGUGAGGAUGACAAUGAUGAUGAUGAAAACGCAGAGGAACAACAUCAAGACGUCCCCUCUCCAGCCAGAGAGGACGUUUCCCCGCCACCUAGAACCCGAAAAGGACACCUGGUGAAGUGCUUAAAAAAAGUGUGGAAAAAAGUCGUCGGAGACGGGAACAUAAAUUGUACUAUAAGUGAUGCGGACUUGAGGGACCUGGCGGUUAUGUCCUGCUACAUGAUGUAAAUGACAAUUUCAAGUUGUUGACCGACUCAAGUGCUGUCCUCAGACUCUCAUUACUGCACAUUCACAAUUCACUUCUGACAGGGAAGCUGUGGAUGACAUGUUUGCACAAUGUAUAGUGGGACUGUCAGUGCCUUUCGGGCAAUUGAGGGCUGUUUGUGGCUGGGUGUGACUCGUCACCAUAACAGACAUGUGAGGUUGUUGCAAAACAACCCAUAAACACAGCAACAGAACAUGUUAAAAUCAUUUUUGGCUGAAAUGAACCACACUGCCAGUCGACGUGUUUGUGGUGCUCUUUUUGCUGUUACAAAAUCAUGGACAACAUUCCCAAUGACUUUUCUGUCUUAAAAUAUAAAUUAUACUAAUUCAUUGUUAUUAAAUGUUGUAUUUAUUGUAUCCUUUAAUUAGUUUAGUUAAGGAGUUUUUCAGUAUUACAUUUGUAUCAAAUGAUUGUGCCUAAAUUGUCACUUUUAAACCCGUUUCAUGAUCACAAAUGAUUUUUUUAUAUAUUAUAUUGUAUAAAGUUAAAAUAUUGAAUUACUGUAUAUUGCUACAUUUGUACCAAAUAAAUAAUUUUUUAUUAUUUA